AUGGUGAAGGGCCAUGAAAUUUUAGGCGUUUCAUCGGCCAUGGAAUCUGGAAAUAUGAGUGGAGUUCAUGAUACCGGCAGUGAUUUAAAUCUGGACCAAGACGCUACUCCGAGUGAAAGUCCUCAAAUAUCGGUGGACAAAAAGCCGACAGACCCCUCGCAUUCAUCAUCAUCCGGUGGACAUCUGGGUGAAUGUAGUCUGGUUAGCUCUAUUUCCGUAAACAGACAACCCAGUGACGAUGAUCUGGCCACACCGGUUCCUCGAACACCGUCCGAGGAACAACCUACAGAAGAUUCGGAGAGGACCCCUUCUCAUGUCUUUGCUAGAACAACUACUGCAGCUACAAGGGAAUGGAGUUUGCGUUCCAAUGAGUCAUUGUUUAGCCUUCACACGGGGAACAUGAGUUUCACAGCAGAACAAUUGAAUUUGAUGUCGAAAUCGGGCGAGUUCUGUUAUGGUUGUGAUUCCGCGCUUUCCAGUCCUUUGCCGCCAGGCACCCCAUGGGACAAUAUGUCAGCUACUGAAUUUGCCAGGCAUGGUGGUAACUUGAACAGUGAUUCAUUGUUUAGUAUCCGGACAGGGAACACGAGUUUCACAAGCGACCAUAUGAAUCUGACAUCAAAAUCGGGUGAGCUGAAUAUCGAUUUCGAUCCCACAAACUCCGGUCGGCUCCUGGAUGCUCCAUGUAAGGAUCAGACAGCUGCUGAAAUUAGUGAGGGCUGUGAUGGAAAAAGCGAAGCAGAAGCAGCCGAAACAGAGAAGGAGAAAGAACCUCGGAAGCAGCAGAAUCCCAGCACCAAGAGGCAAGAGGGCGAUGUUGAUCAAGAGCCAACUGAUGCAAGUGUCAAACCUUUUGCCUUCCCUAUAUUGACAGGAGAUGCAGAUAAAAACAGAUCGACGACACAGAGUACAGAGGAACAAAACCAACAGUCACAGUGCUCCACCACUGAAACCCCAGAGACACUUUCAGAAGAAGCUAACAAAACAGAGACAACCCCAGAAACAGCUAACGAAACAGAGGCAACCACAGAAACAUCAAAGCUAGGGUCCCCUAAAGAAACAACCCAAGAGAGCCCUUCGGGUACCACAAAGCCUCAGACACCUAAUGCAACCAGAAAUGGAGAACCCAAAAAAUGGUACGCUUGCUUCUCUUGUUGCACUGCCAGUGCCACCUCUUGA